AUGGGUCUUGACAUGCAGUGGUUCUGCGACAAGAUCUUGGUCAGGACACCCGAAGAUGACGAGAUUGUGUUCCCAUGCUAUCGAUGGCUUGGCUGUGAGGAGAGACUUGUUGUAAGACAGGCCAAAGCUUCGCUUGUGUUCGAGGACACCAACCCAAUAGCCCAAAGCCAUAGGAAGACGCAGCUACAGAAUCGACAGAAGGAAUUUAGGUGGGACAUGUAUGCUGAGGGCAUGCCCCACGUUAACCAUUGUGUAUCUGCCCUUGCUCUGCCUGCUGAAAUCCAAUUCUCUUACAUGAAGGAAAUCGAGUUUCUUUACACGGCAGGAAAGCAGUUAGCUUCUCUGAAGCUGAAAGGAUUAGCUGACAGCAGAAGAUCAUGGAAAAGCAUCAGCCAUCUGGACGCAAUCCUUUGUGAAAACGGAAACACAACCAUUGAAUACAUUAAGAAGCACUGGGAUGAGGACGAGUUCUUUGGCUACCAGCUGCUGAAUGGCCUCAACCCCAUGAUGAUCCGGCGCUGCUACAGGCUGCCAGCUAACUUUCCCGUCACAGAGGAGAUGGUCGAAGACUCCUUUCACAAUAACAUAUUGAUAGGAUGGACCGGAUUGGAGAUGGAAAUGAGGAAAGGGAACAUAUUCCUGUGUGACUACAAGAUGUUGGACGGACUUGUGGGAAAUGUAGUACAUGGCAGACAGCAGUAUCUCACAGCUCCCCUGGUCCUGCUCUACUGUGACCCUCAUGAUAGGAUGCUGCCCAUCGCCAUUCAGUUAGGGCAAAAGGCUGGAGAUAACAACCCCAUCUUCCUGCCCAGCGACUCAGAGUUUGAUUGGCAGCUGGCCAAGAUCUACGUGCGGGCUGCAGAGUUCAGUGUGCACAAGGUUGACUUUCUCCUGCUGAGAACUCACCUGCUGGCUGAGGUGUUCACCAUGGCAACAUUGCGGAAUCUUCCGACCAUGCACCCGCUCUUCAAGCUUCUCAUUCCUCACACUCGUUACACACUCCAGAUCAACAUCAUGGCGAGAAAUCUGCUGAUUUCCGAGGAUGGAGCCCUUACCAAUCAUUCAGGCAUUGGUGGUGCGGCCUUGGGAGAGUUGCUGAGGCGUGCAACGGCCUCCCUGACCUACAGCUCCCUCUGUCUGCCUGAUAACAUCUAUGAGAGAGGCAUGGGGGGGAAAAUACACCGGUGGCACCCUAGAUUUUUUAGAGUUUCGCUGAAACACCACACCCGAGUACCACACAAGAGGAACUUCUACUACAGAGAUGACGGGAUGAGACUGUGGAAAGAUAUCAAGAAGUAUGUUGAAGGAGUCUUAGAACAUUACUACAAAUCUGAUGAUGACGUGCAGAAGGACACAGAGCUGCAGAGCUGGAUCAGGGAGAUAUUUACCAAAGGCUUCCAGGAAAGGAAGAGCACAGGAAUACCUGAGACUUUUCAGGCAGUGAAGAAUCUCGUCAAGUUCGUCACCAUGGUGAUCUUCACUGUAACGGCCCAACAUGCCGCUGUCAACAAUGGACAGUUUGAGUUUGGCGCCUGGAUGCCCAACUUCCCCAGUGCCCUAAGAAAGCCCCCUCCCGAGCACAAAGGCCAGACCACUGAGGACACCAUGCUGGAGACCCUACCUGAUGUGGGCACGACGGUGAAUGCAAUGGCUCUCCUGAAACUGCUUAGCACAAAGUCAACAGACCAUUACCCUCUGGGAUAUUUCCCAGAAGUUCUGCAUGAUGAAGAGGUCCCUCGCACGCUCAUUGAAACCUUUCAAAAGGAUCUGAGUGAGUUGUCAGAUGACAUUGAGGAGCGGAACAAGAAGCUGGAGCUUCCCUACACCUAUCUGGACCCCAAAAAUGUGGACAACAGUGUGGCCAUUUGA